AUGUCGUCUUAUGCUAAAUUUUUGAAAGAAAUUUUGUCAAACAAAAGAAAACUUGACGACAAUGAGACAAUUUCUUUAACUGAGGAAUGUAGUGCCAUAAUUCAAAAUAAAUUGCCUCCCAAACAUAAAGACCCUGGAAGUUUUUCUAUUCCUUGUGUUAUUGGUGAUAUGAGUUUUGAACGUGCUUUGUGUGAUCUUGGGGAUAGUGUAAGCCUCAUGCCUUUGUCAGUUUGUAAGAAGCUUGAUGUGGGUGAGUUAAAGCCCACAAACAUUUCCUUACAGCUAGCUAAUCGAUCUAUCAAGUAUCCGGUGAGAAUAUUAGAGGAUGUUCCUAUCUAA